GCUUCAUGAUUUCAUUGCUAGAGUCCAUUAGAAUAUUACUACUAGUAACUUUGACUGCAAAAUCACCAUCUGUAAUAUUAAUCAUUCACAACGUAGUAACUGUUCGUGACAUUUUCGGUUCAUCUGAGUUGAAGUACAAUGCUAAAUGUGAGGAUAUUCAAGGGUGGAUGUCGUGGAAGAGAGUCGGUGGUGAUGAAAAUGGCAAAACUUCAACUUGGCAAUUAUGGAAUACGUAGUUURUCGACGGAAUGGYAUCCGCGUGGAAAAGUAYUACCAAAACUUGCUCAUUUGCCUGAAGAGUGCCCUGUAAACUCUUACAAUGAAUGGGAUCCUUUAGAAGAGGUCAUUGUCGGCCGUGUUGAAGGAUCCACUGUGCCACACCUGUCAGUGGAGGUGAAGGCUAAUACAAGCGAAAAACAUUGGAAGUUCUUUGAAAAGAUGGGCGGWAAGCCGUUUCCAAGUGAACACACAAAAAUUGCAGCCUUGCAGAUUGAAGAACUAUGCAAUAUUUUGAAACACGAGGGAGUAAUCGUUAGGAGGCCAGAGCCUAUUGACUUCACACAGGUUUACAAGACACCAGACUUUACCUCUAGUGGUGURUACUCUGCGAUGCCUAGGGACAUUUUGUUAGUAGUUGGUGAUGAAAUCAUCGAAAGUCCAAUGGCUUGGCGAAGCAGGUUUUUCGAGUAUAGAGCCUACCGACCUCUCAUUAAAGAAUACUUUAGACAAGGAGCAAAGUGGACGACUGCACCUAAACCACUUAUGUCAGAUGAACUCUACGACCUGGAAUAUCCCAUGAGAAGUGUUGAAGAACGACACCAACUAGCUCGUCAAGGACGAUUUGUCACGACAGAGUUUGAACCGUGCUUUGAUGCUGCUGACUUCAUAAGAGCAGGAAAAGAUAUCUUUGUCCAAAGAAGCCAGGUUACAAACUACAUGGGUAUCGAAUGGAUGAAUCGACAUCUUGGCGACAAAUACAACCUUCAUAUUUUAUCCUUCAAAGAUCCCAACCCCAUGCAUAUUGAUGCAACAUUCAACAUUAUUGGACCAGGGUUGGUCUUGUCAAAUCCUGACCGCCCUUGUCAUCAAAUCGACAUGUUUCACAAAGCUGGAUGGAAAGUCAUUUUCCCACCUUCUCCGCUGAUUCCUGACGAUCAUCCACUAUGGAUGUCUUCAAAGUGGUUGUCAAUGAAUGUUUUGAUGUUGGAYCAGAAAAGAGUCUUGUGCGACAAGAACGAAGUUACCACCAUCAAGAUGUUUGAGAAGCUUGGUUUAAUAUGCAUUCCAGUUGAUAUACGCUUUGCUAACUCCUUGGGUGGUGGCUUUCAUUGUUGGACUACUGACAUCCGUCGUAGAGGAACGCUGGAGUCUUACUUCUAAAGACUUUACCCGAGCUUUA